CAAACAGAGUCGCCGCGGAAAACGUUUCGACGUCGAAUGAUCGGAUUCACCAUCCUCUUUUGCUCAUUAAUCUCGUCGUCGUUUCUCGAACAAUCAUCGCCACAUCCGGGACAUUACCCGAUAAUGUCGAGGAUGCUCGCGGUAGAUUUCGAGGUCUUCGGCAUCGUGCAAGGUGUCUUUUUCCGGAAGUAUACGCAAAAACGUGGUAAGGAAUUGGGUUUGAAAGGAUGGUGCAUGAACACCUCGAACGGUACCGUCAUCGGUCAUUUAGAGGGGAAGAAGACUCAAGUCGAAGAGAUGAAACAGUGGCUUCGUCACACCGGCAGUCCUCACUCGCGGAUCGACAAGGCGGAAUUUCGCAACGAGAAAGAAAUCUCGCACCCGUCGUUUACGAAUUUUGAAAUUCGGAAAUAGGAGCGCUCGCUCGCGAGUAGAGUUGUAAUAAAAAUAUAAAUGUCCUAAUAAUUAAUUUGAACAAUUUAAGUGGUCGCUCUUAUAAUCAAAUCGUUAUUUAAAUAAAUAUAAUAUAAAAUGUAUAACAAAAUUUUUAUCCUUCAAUGACAGCUGUCAAAUAUAUUUUAGACGAAAAUCA